UUAAAAACUUUAACGUGUGCGCAUACAAAUGUGCUGUAUACAUUGUGCACACGUUGUUGUAUACGUGUGCGUAUAUGAACUAAUUAAAAAUAAAUAGAAAAAUGUUAUCAGUGAUAAUAAGAAAUGCAGUUAAGCGAUUAGAUUUAAGAAAUUUGUCUGCAUCCGUAACAUACAAUAAUUUUAUAUCAGGAAGGAUUUUAUAUCAAUCAAAAGAAUUAAUAUUACAGCCUCUAACCUCAAAAGAAAAUUUAACAAUAUAUAGAAAUCAUUACAGUAAAAGCAAUGAUGACGAAAAUAAUGAUAGUCAAGUAAAGUUACCACAACUAAUACCUGGCCCGAUAAACAUUACAUUCAAUAUUUUUAAGUUAUUCAAAAUACCAUUUAUGGAAUUAUUUAUACGCAUAGUGACUAAAGAUCCUGAAUUUAAGUUGAGAGAUCUUCUUCAGAGCACUAGAAGUGCAGCAUCUAUAGUAUCCAUAGCUCUGUCGAAUAAAGAUUACGAUUCAUUAUACAACCUAGUAGAUAGUAAUUUAUUAAAUGUAUUAAAAACAAGAAUAGAUACGUUAACCGAAGAACAAAGAAAGCUUAUUGCUAUAAAAGAAGAAAAUUUUACGGCUUUCAUGGCAUAUGAUCUUAACAUAAAACAAAUAUCUAACACUGAAGAAAAGCAAAGGGUAGAAUUUAUAUUGAUAGGGCAUUACAUACCGGGCUUCAAUAUGAAUGAAUUUUUCGAUGCGCAGGUACAGGAUAAAAUCCAAAAAUAUACAAUUUUAAAACAGAAGAAAUCGUUUGUUUGCAAUUACGUAUUUUCAAGAGAUUAUUGUGUAAAUCAAGAAAGUGAUUGGAUAAUUAAACACAUUAAUCACAGUGAAAUUGUAAUUUAAUAUCUCAUAGCUGUUUGAUUAUUAUUAAGAAUUAUAAACAAAAGGAAUAGAAAAUAAUAUGUAUGAUUUUAAACAUAAAAAAAAUAAAAAAAGACAAAAAAUAUUACAAAAAAUAAUAAAGAACAUAGAAAGAUAU